AUUUUUGCACAAUGAUGCCGACAGUUGUAAAAACAGUUGGGAACAGUCAACUGUUAGAAAACCAAUUCGGAUUCUGUAUAAGGGGAUCGUUUGGAGCGACGACAGAAGAAACCGAACAUACUAAUGCGACGAUCCGAAUCAACUACACGAGCUUCGACCCACACCAAGACGGAAUCAAGAGAGAGUCCCCAAAACACAUUGUAACCGAAUUAGAGAACUUCUUUGAAAUUGAAAGUCUCGGUACAAGACAUAUACCGAAGUGUGGUGGUUGUCGAUGCGGAAAAUGUAUAACCGGAACGCAUAAUUUCACUUUGAGAGAAGAACAUGAGCUGCAAAUGAUUCGAAGUGGAUUGAGAUAUGAUAGUGAAAGCAACAAGUUCACGAUUGAAUAUCCCUGGAUCAAAGAUCCGAACAAUCUCCCAAAUAAUAUAGGAGCAGCAAGAGCAAAGCUACGGUCAAUGGAGAAUCGAUUACAAAGAUUAGAUCAUGAUUAUCGUAAGGCUUACUGCGAUCAAAUGACAGACAUGGAGAAACGCGGAGUGGCAAGGAAAUUAUCAAACGAAGAAAUUGACAGUUAUCAGGGACCGGUGCAUUACAUUCACCAUCAUGAAGUGAUCAAACAAAAUUCGUCGUCUACCCCAAUACGUAUAGUAUUCAACUCAUCAGCUUCGUAUAUGGGCCACGUGCUCAAUGAAUAUUGGGCCAAAGGACCGGAUUUUAUAAACAAUUUAUAUGGUAUACUUCUGCGAUUCAGGGAAUAUCCAGUAGCUAUCACGGCAGACAUCUCGAAGAUGUAUAACUCUAUACAGCUCUCAACGCGCGAUCAACAUGUCCACCGAUACCUCUGGCGCGAUAUGGAUAAAAAUCGAGAGCCGGAUCAUUAUAUUCUGACGGCCGUUCCAUUCGGUGACCGGCCAAGUGGCACUAUCGCGUUAACCGCUCUCCAUACAAUAGCAGAGAGGUUCAGAGGACAGUAUCCAGAAGCAGCUGCCAUGAUCACUAGAAACAGCUAUGUGGAUGACUUGGUGCACUCAGUUCAUAAUCCAGACGAGGCUCUAGCAAUCGCCUCACAGGUGCAAGAUAUUCUAGCAAGUGGCAACUUCAUGAUCAAAUAUUGGACAAUUUCGGGGCAAAUUGAAUUGAAUGAUGCAAACAUUCGUGUGUCAAACGAAAGCAAUGAAAGGAUACUUGGAAUGUUAUGGAAGCCAGCGACUGACUGGUUUGCGUUUGAAAUGAAACUUAACCUUACAAAAGAAGAAAAGAUCACCAUCAGCUCGAAUCCGUCCAUGGAGGAAAUAUUACGCGUGAUACCGCCCGUGUUGACACGAAGGAUGUUGUUACGGCAGACAGCAACCAUCUUUGACCCACUCGGCCUCAUUGUACCCUUCACCAUUCAAGGUAAAGUUUUGAUGAGAAAACUUAUAACCCGUCAAGUCCCAAAUCAGCAGCUUGACUGGGACGAGUCCAUACCAGAAGAAUGCAAAGGCGAGUGGAUCACUUACUUAGCGGAUAUGUUUAGACUGAACCGCAUACAUUUUACAAGAUGUCUACAGCCCCCAGACGCAGACAGCGAUCCAAUCCUCAUCAUCUUUUCCGACGCCAGCUCACAGGCCUACGGAGCGUGUGCAUACGCCCGAUGGAAGCUUAAAUCUGGACAAUACAAGACCUGUUUAAUAACAGCAAAAAGCAAAAUAUCACCUAACCGUCAGCUCAGUAUUCCGAGGUUGGAGUUAUGUGGAGCUGUGUUAGCCUGUCGUUUAGGUCAAACGAUUUUGAAAGAAAUGACUUACAAGUUUCAGGAAGUUUUAUACGUGGUCGAUUCAAUGAUUGUUCGGUCACAAAUACAAAGGCAGUCAUACGGAUUCGGGACGUUCGUGGCAACCCGCAUCGCAGAAAUACAAGAGAAAUCAAGUCCAACUGAAUGGUGGUGGACCGGAGGUCGCAACAAUCCGGCUGACCUGACGACCAGAUAUACCAAGCUGGAGGAGCUGGACGUGAAUAGUGUGUGGCAAUCAGGACCACAGUUCUUGAAUUUUCCGAGAGAAUCGUGGCCCAUGAGCCAAAAGCUGUAUGAACACGAAUUGCCCGACAGUAUCGUCGUCAAUCUCACGACGAUUGGAACCAACACUGCCAGGCACGACAUUUGCAAUGACAUUGCAAUUGAAAAUUUCAGCAGCUAUGAUAAACUUAUCAGAGUCACUGCGAGAUUGUUGAGCAUUGUGGAAUCGGAUACAAGAUCCCUGAAGAGCAUCGGCAAACCAUUGACAGUGGAAGUUCUAUCAAAGGCCGAGGAAUUAUGGAUCAGACAAGCUCAAAGAACAAUUUUGGAAAACUGGCAAGUUCGGUUUAGGAGGCUCGGUCCUAGCCUAACGGAUGACGGUAUCAUCAUUGUAGGAAGUCGCAUUGCCAACUGGCUCAAGGAGAAUUGGAAUCGAGAUUGUUACACGCUUCUACCAUCAAAUCACCCGUUAACACAUCUGAUCGUCCGCAAAAUCCACUGCCGGGAUCAUGGCGGUAUUGAUAGCACGCUAGCACAGUUACAGACGAAAUUCUGGGUGCCGGGAGCGAGACGAGUGAUUAAAAGCAUCAGGCGAGAGUGCAUCGUGUGUAGAAGGCUUUUUGAUAAGCCUUCACCUCAAGUGAUGGGACCGGUCAAUCCCAACAGACUCAAACCCAGUCCUGCAUUUCACCAUACAGCGCUAGACAUGUUCGGCCCCUUUUUGAUAAAGGAUACAGUGAAAAGAAGAACAACAACCAAGACAUAUGGAGUGCUGUUUACGUGCCUGUCCUCAAGAGCAUCGUACAUAGAUUUGGUAGAGGGUUACAGCACGCAGGAUUUUCUCCUGACGCUUCGCCGCUUCGCAACGAUUCGCGGGUAUCCUGCCACCAUAUAUUCAGAUGCCGGUUCGCAACUAACGGCUGCCAGCAGGGAAAUUCAAGACAUGACCAAUCAGUGGAAUGUCAAUGAGUUGGUGGAUGCUGGAGUCAACCACGGCUUGACAUGGAAAUUUACCAAGUCGGCAGAUGCCCCUUGGGAGAACGGAUGCAGCGAGUCCCUCAUUCGCCUUAUCAAACGGGCAUUGGCGAUAGCAGUGGGUGAUAGCAAACUGACUUUCAGUGAGCUGCAGACAGUCCUUUUCGAAGUAGCGAACAUCCUGAAUCAGCGACCAAUUGGAAGAAAACCGGGAGCGGAUCCACUCAGUGGUGCUUAUCUGUCACCAAAUGAUCUCUUGCUUGGACGCACGGGCAUCGACGCACCACAAGGGGAAUGGCCUGAAACAUCGAGGUUGGCAAGCCGAUUCUUAUUUUUGCAAAGGAUCGUUACAACAUUCUGGAAGAAGUGGUACCGGGAUUACUUCACACAAAUGAUUGUUCGACAAAAAUGGCACAUCCAACAGCGAAAUUUUCAAGUCGGAGACAUCGUGAUUGUCCAAGAGGACAACCCCGCGCGCGCGACUUGGAGGAUGGCAGAAAUAAGCAAGAUCGAACCGAGUUCUGAUGGAUUGGUCAGGGAUGUUACCCUGAGAUACAAGCCACUGACAAGCGGAUCAGAGUACAACGGACGGCCAGACAUACUCAUCAAACGAUCGACACACCGCCUGAUACUGAUCAUCGAAACAGACGAACGCACUCCGGGCGCCCCGGAGCCUCAGCGUGACCCCAGCGUGACCUCGGGACCUCAUCGUGACCCCAGCGUGACCCUGGGACCUCAGCGUGGGGGGAGUGUAUCGAGCGACUGAUUGAGCGAACGACGACUCCUCGUUCGGCAGAGAAACGACCUGAAUUUUUGUCACGAGCAUCGCCAAAACUUUUCUCCCUUUCUUGUGCUCAUUUAUUUUCGGUCGCAACUUAUAUUUUGGUGGAAACAGGCGCACUGUAGUAUGUAUUGGAUUCUUAUGACUUUGUUAAAUUAUUCAAUAAUUCGUUUAAUUCAUCGGUGUGUCAUCUGGUACUGACGUCCUAUUCUGUUCUUCGUUUCAGGAUGAAAUUUAUUAUGAACCUUUUUGAUUUUGUUGAUUUUCUUUGAAAUAAAUUACACAUCUCGGUGCAACAAGUUUUGGAUUUUUGCUGGCAAUACAGUAGGGAAAGGUGGAAUGAGACGGCCUUCUCUGGUUCUGCUGCCGAGUCCUGUCGCAGAUGGUCGGUGGACGAUCAGCGUGGGAAAGGCUGUGAAGCAUUAGCAGCGUGGAGCCGAACAGCUUAGUUCCACCUCGACUUCCAUCUGCAUGCAUAUCAGAAGAUGAUGAUGAGAAAGGAUGAUGGUAGAGAUCCCUGAGCUGAAGUGUCCAGCUCGGCCGGCCCAGAGCGGGUGUAGUGCUGCCACCUGUACAGUACGAUCAGCGCUGGCAGCGUCACCUGUGAACCGAUACUGGAACCAGACCGGACCGGAGAGCUUCCUGUGGCACAGGGGCCGGGGCCGGGCCCGGCGCGGCGCGGCGGUACACCAGGAUGAUGCUGUACCGCAUUGCGCGCUUCGAUUGGGCAUUCGGUGUGUGCUUUCGGUGUGUGCUUCGGUUAUUUUAUAUGGUGAUGGUGAAACAUCAUAUUGUAAGUUCUAUACAACCUACGGGCUUCAGCUGUAGGUAUGUGCUUAGGAACCUAUUUUGUUAGUACCUAAAUGCCAAUAAAAUGUUAUUUGUGUU